AUGGCGACGAUCGUAGAGGACGCGCAGCCGCCAACCCUGCAGAAUAUCCUGGAUCAAAAGUCCCUUAAGUGGAUUUUCUGCGGUGGAAAGGGUGGUGUCGGUAAGACGACUACUUCUUGUUCGCUGGCAAUUCAGCUCUCGAAAGUGCGCGAGAGCGUCCUUUUGAUCUCCACUGACCCUGCGCACAACCUGUCGGAUGCUUUUGGACAGAAGUUCGGACGCGAGGCCGUGAAAGUCAAUGGAUUCGAUAAUCUGAGUGCUAUGGAGAUCGAUCCAACCAGCAGCAUGCAGGAGAUGAUCGAGCAAUCGGAGCAGCAGGGUGGUGCAUUGGCGCCCUUCAUGCAGGACCUCGCCUUUGCGAUUCCUGGAGUGGAUGAGGCAAUGGGAUUUGCUGAGAUCAUGAAGUUGGUCAAGUCCAUGGAAUAUAGUGUGGUGGUGUUCGACACGGCCCCCACGGGUCACACCCUGCGCUUUUUGAGUUUCCCUAGCGUACUCGAGAAGGCUCUUUCCAAGUUUAGCACAUUCGGCAAGAGCCUGGGACCUAUGUUCCAGCAAUUCCAGAGCAUGAUGGGUGGUGGAGGCUCGAACCAGGAAGACAUGUUUGCCAAGCUGGAGGGGAUGCGCCAAAUCAUUACUGAGGUCAACACGCAGUUCAAGGACGAGACCAAGACCACGUUUGUGUGUGUAUGCAUUGCCGAAUUCCUUUCUCUCUACGAGACGGAGCGUCUAAUUCAGGAGCUCACUCAGUAUGGCAUUGACACACAUGCAAUUGUGUGCAACCAGCUUCUCUACCCGCCGCCUGGCUCGAACUGCGAGCACUGUCGCGUGCGCAAAGCGAUGCAGGACAAGUAUGUCAAUGAAAUGAUGGACCUGUAUGCGGAAGACUUUAACGUUGUCAAAAUCCCACUGCUCACGGAGGAAGUGCGUGGCCCUGAGAAGCUUUCGUCGCUAUCCGAUUAUCUCAUUCACCCGUACCAGCCCCCUCAAUAG